AAACAAAAGUAAAAGAUUAAGAAUUGAACAAGAUUUGAGAACUGAACAAAAUAUUACAAAAUAUUAUCCUUCAACACAAGUUGAAAAUGAAGAUGUAACUGAAUAUGAAACAGAAGAAAUUGUUACGAAUGGUCAAAUUAUAUUACAACCUGAAAUUGAAAAAGAAAUA